ACCGUGAGGUCAGGGCUUGGCGUGGACGACGAGCCGACGCGGCAAGAGGGGCACAAGAAAGAAAAUCUCUCGUUUCCGUCCGGUUCCCGCGAUAAAUCUUCACCACCCGGGCGCGCGGGGCUCGGCAUGGGAAUCACACACUCGUCUAGUUCCGUAAAAAUCACACAGCCUUCUCUUCCUCGCGCACCAGCUCCGAGCAGGCCGAAACCUAGCAAGACGCCCAUGGCGCUCGAGAAGGCCAAGGAGAUCGUCGCCUCCUCCCCCGUCGUCGUCUUCAGAGACUUAUAUUGGUCUUUAAUUUUUAUUGGCCACAGCAAGACUUAUUGUCCUUUCUGCACCCGAGUGAAGCAAUUGCUGGCACAACUGGGGGCGAGUUACAAGGCUGUUGAAUUGGAUGUGGAAAGUGAUGGAUCAGAGUUGCAGACAGCUCUUGCCGAAUGGACUGGGCAGAGAACUGUUCCCAACGUCUUCAUUAAAGGGGAACGUGUUGGUGGCUGUGACGAUACCAUGGCGAUGCACAACGGUGGGAAGUUGGUGCCUCUGCUGACGGUGGCUGGAGCAAUUGCCAGUGCCAAUCCUUCUAUGUAGAUAAUGCUCUAUAGUGUGGUUCUGCUCGUUUAGUGGCUUUGUGCAAGUAACUGUAAUGUGCUUCUGUCGUGAAAAUUAGGAUGAAUAAACGGUUUCACCGUCUGAAAAAACCUCUUGGUGUUGACUGUAUUUGUAGCUUGGGGCAGCUGUUAAGCCUCUCUGCAAAUCAUCUGUACUGCUAGCUCAAUGUGUAUGACUCUUUACAUAUCAGUAAAGUGUGUCGCGUGAUUUGUGUCAUUAAAAUUUACG